CCUUCCACAAGACGACGAUCUCCAUCAGUCCGAUCAAUAUUCUGGCAUACGCUCUGGACGCAAGCGCAAGCCAGAUAGACGCGCAUUCUAUCGUCAACGACUAGCUCGUCGCAAUCAGUUAGCGUCCCAAGACGACGACGAGACUAAUUCCGACAACGACGGUGAUUCUAACGAACGCGAUUCCGACGAACACGACGAACACGACGAGCACGACAAUUCCGACAGUCAACGCGAUUCGGAUUCAAACCAGCCUCAGCCAUCACCUCAUCUUGAUCCGAUCAAUCACCUAUUACUCCAACCCUUCGUUGAACUCUUAGAGAAACUUAAGAGCAUCUCAAAAGUAGUUAACAAGAAUCUUGAGAAAUACGCUCCAGCUCGACAAGUACCCUCCUCCACCAUCACCAUGGCUACCCAAGAGGAGGAGCAGUCGCAGCAGCGAGUCUUCGUGGAUGGCUCAUUUGCGGAGCUUGCCAAGGAGAUGGCUGAUUACCUGCACGUCGGCGAAGAGGUGAAGCCUCUAUUGGAGAAGGAUCAGAAAGAUGAAGUUCUUAAGAAGAUUGUGCUCGCAUCUCCUGCUCUCAAUGCAGUACCCGAGAAGGAGUUCCAGUCAAGCUACAACUUGCUUGUCUACCUAGUCCUACAAUCUGACAACGUCGGAAUGUUUCUUCCUCGCGUAUGCGAUAACCUUACGAAGCCCAUUACUUCAUCACCUGUUCAUGGUCCCGGUCUAGCCCUUAACGCUCUUACUACCAUCUUCAAUCUGCUCAAGCACGACAACGAGCGAGACAGCGAUUUACGUUUCAAUGUCUUCAUGGCAAUCUUACGAUUCGUCAAGCACAAUGGCUUCUACGAGACCCUUAAGAAGUCCUUGCCCGAUGUUAAGGGUUGGCUCCAGCAGUGGGAGUCUGACGAGGAGGAUCAGCGCAAGCUGUACACCGAAGUUGCCGAGGUAGCUCUUGAAGCAGGUGACGAAGAGACCUCGUAUCAGUAUGUCCUCAGCGCUUUGCGCACCUUUGACGACGAUGAGACGAAGUCGGAAGAGGCUCAGAAGCUAGCCCUGCGCGCUCUAAAGACCGCGCUCUUAUCACCAACACACAACGAUUUCCAAGACCUCCUUGCCGUACCAGCUAUCCAAUCACUCUCUGAGUCACAUCCUCUUUACCAUGAGCUUCUUGUAAUCUUUGCUGAGAAGGACUUGGAAGAUUACAACGACUUCAAUGAUGAGCAUGAGGGUUUCAUCGAGAAAGAACAACUAGAUGGCGACAAGCUUCACCGCAAGAUUCGAUUGCUCACAUUCGCUAGCCUUGCAGCUAGCACCCCUAAUCACGAGAUUCCCUACGCGAAUAUCGAAAAGGCGUUGCAGAUCCCAUCCGAAGAAGUUGAGAUGUGGACCAUCGACGUAAUUCGUGCUGGGCUUGUGGAGGGCAAGCUUUCUCAGCUUAAGAAAGUGUUCCUCGUCCACCAGACAUUCUACCGUGUUUUCGGCGAGAAGCAGUGGCGUGAAGUUGGUGACCGCGUGGAAGGAUGGAAGGUCAUCAUCCGCAACGUGAUUUCCAACCUGCGUAGGGAGCAGGGCAACGCCGAGGCGCACAAGAAACGCGAGACGGAGGAAAUUGAGCGACGUCUGGCAAACACGGGUAUGGGUGGCAGUGGUCCAUCUGGAGGUGAACGAGGCGGUGGUGGACGCCGAGGAGGCGACCGUGGUGACCGUGGUGGCCGUGGUGAUCACAGUGAGCGCGCACCUCGUCGAGAGCGAACGGAUGACGAUGACUAGAUCAUCGCGCGUUCCCUUUCUUGACGUUUCCGGCUUACGUUGGUUGCAUCGGCACGGCUUAGGCGUCUACGGCUUUCACGGGCGAGAUUACACAUCGGUUUCGAAAAGGGUACUCAAGGCAUAAAAGGCGGUGGCUUUGAAGAUGAGUGUGUUUGGUAUUCGCACGGCCUGCCGCUGUUGGCGGCUUGCACCUCGGGAGAAGGUGCUAUAUGUUGUGAUGCGUGACGAUGGAUGGCGCAUAUGAAAUGCGCGAUGAGUUACGCCCCUGAGGUCUGCUCCUGGGUUCCUAUCUGGAACAGAUGACCUUAUUAUCCAAGGUCGCCCAAGGGCUGAGGCGCAUGAUGCAUUCUCCGGCCUACUUUCCUUUGUUCUCCGCUCAGAGCUUGUGUAUUUAGAGGAUACAGAAAAGUUCUCUCAAGGGAAGGCACCCAACUCUCCCCGGAAUGGUAAAUGCAAAAACUUACAUUAUUAC